GCUACGGAGCGGACGUCUACGCCGUAGCGCAUCCAGAGACCUUGACACGAUUUAGCCCCGCCUGAUACGAAUUAGCAUUCGCGUAUUUAGCGUAUUAUCAAAUAAAAAUUAUGACAUUUAGCAAUUAUGAAACUGUAGUUCAAUAGUGCUUGUUUUUUUAGUGAUUGUGAACUGUACAUCGCGGUUUCUUAAGUUCUGAUCAACAUAAAAGAGAUGCGCUGAUCGGCACAAGAUGUCCGGUAGCGUGGUGUUGCUUGCGCUGCACAUCGCAGUCGCAGCGGCUGGGAAGUGUACUACUGGCUUCUCAGUGGUGGCGCCAGAGGUCGCUGUACCCGGGAAGACGACAGCUAUCCUGGUCACUCUGCACGGAAGAGCUGAAGAUGGUACUCUGGACCCUCUCAACGUGACUGUGAGACUCGAAACUCAAGAUGCUGACAAUGACGUCAAAUUGCUGACAACUGCGAGCCAAAUGAUUACAGGCUAUGGAAUAAUACCUCUCAAGAUACCGUCGUCGCCGGCGACUCACUGCACUCUGCACACCACGGUGGGCUGUGUCGGCAAUGAUGAAUGCACCGCCAAGAGUCACAGCAUCAUCAGACUGCUGGGACCAGUUCGGGAUGUGAUCGUCCGACCGGCAAGACAUCAUUACCGACCCGGGGAAACUAUAACUUUCUGGAUACUGGCGCUAGACCACGACCUUCGGCUGGUGAGAGACGAGAUCGCCUACAUAGCGCUCAGUGACCCUGCCGGUACUAAGGUCGCUAUUUGGGAUCAGCUUUCCAUGGACGAAGGUGUCCGGAAGCUGAGCGCCAUACUGGCUGCGGGUGCACGUUCCGGUACGUGGAAGAUCGAGGCGCGCUGCGGCGGCGGGUCGGCACGCGUCGACCUCACCGUGGGAACUGGGCUGGGUAGUGCUACUCCCGCUACGCCGGCCGCAGAGCAGCACUACGUUGAACUGAAGUUCGCUGACAGUAUGCGACGGAGAUACAAGCCCGGACUUCCUUUUGUCGGACGUGUCGAAGCUAUGAGCACGGAAAAAAGGGUUCGAGUCCGUGUUAAGCUCUACGACGAUAAGACCGACAUCUACAGCCAAGACAUUGACAUGUCUACUGGAGAAGGUGGCUUUAUCGUGCCGACUGUCAUGGCUGAUGCGCCUUACGUCAAUCUGCAGGCAGAGCUAGUCGCAGUGGAGGGGAAAGAAAUAGAGACCCACUACGUGUUGGCUCGCGAGCGCAUCCGACGUUGGAACUCCACUUCUAAAUGCUAUCUUCUGGUUGAAAACUUGCCUACGCCUUUACAGGCUGGUGGCAUAGCGAGUGCGAGCGUGUGGUCGUCAUGCGGCUGUCGGCAGCGAUUGCUGGCAGCAGUGACCAGCGGUGGGCGCGCCGUGCAUUGGGCGGCGGUGCCAGCGCCCAACCCGACCGACAACACCGACCUGUGCCGGUUCAACUAUACAUUCCCCGUGACAGCUGACAUGGCGCCGGUCAGCUCGCUGCUCGUGUAUUACGUCACGGAGACCGGGGAGCCUGUCAGUGACGUCGCCAGUUUCCACGUGCGACUGCUGCAUAAGGAGGUAGCGGUAGCAGUGGAAGAGCGACGCUGGUGGUAUCCGCGGGCAGCGCUACAGUUACGGGUGCUGGCGCCCACUGACUCCCUGAUGUGUUUGAUCGGCGCGCGCGCACCGCCUGACACGCGUUUUGAUGUCCAUCAGACGCCACCAGAACACGAAGAGCAGCCAGGCCCGGAGUUCGUAUCGGCAGGAGUGUCGUUAUUCGUCGGAGGCGGCGCCUGCGGCGGCGGAGUGCUGUACCGACAAAGGAGUGCCCCCGCCCCGCACCCCCCCGCGCACCUCGUGCCCCCUGCCACUCACGACCGGCUGUGGAUGUGGAAGUGCUUUAACUAUACUACGCAACUGUCAACCGACGGUGUCACAAUAGCAGCUCCCUCCGAAGCUGGCCGUUGGUCGCUGUGGGCUCUCUCACUGUCCAACCGUGGUCUCCGCUUCUCUGCCCCGAGGACCAUCAACGUAUUCCGCCCUAUACAACUGGACUUCGCCCUCCCACCAGCACUGAAGGUCGGGGAAACUGUGGAGGUUGAUGUGAAGAUCACCAAUAAUAUCAAUAAUUGCAUGGACGUAACCGCACUUCUAGCUCUUAGUUCUGGAGCAGCAUUCGCCAGUACUGGUGCUCUGUACGUCACAGAGCGCCUGCGACUCGGCCCACGCGGUGGCACGCAGCUGGUGGUGCGCGUAGCUGUCAACACUCCUGGACGAAAGAACAUUACAGUGGAAGUGACCGGAUACAGCGCAGACAACUGCUCAGUAUCCUACACGUCGUUCAACAACGAGACUCUAGUGGGCUCAGUCAUCCGCUCCGCCAGUGUGUUGGUCCUGCCUGAAGGGCUCCACAGGAGUGACACGCAGAGUGCAUACUUUUGUGCUAAUGAGCAUCUCGCAGUCUCUUCCCGUGGCUCAUGGGAGUGGCAAUGGGUGGCGGCGCCUCGGAACCGCGCGGGCCUGGUGUUGGAGCUGAGAGCUCAAGGCGCAGCACAUGUCGCCCUGUCCACUAUACGAGAGCCUUCCGACGACAUGUAUCGGAUUGUUUUUGAAAGGACUAGAGUGUGGAUUGCUAAGGGAAAACAUGGAUACGACGUCCACCUAGCCAGCGCGGAGCAGACGGAGAGUGACGAGGAGUGCGCGGGAGCCAACUCUUGGUGCGCGUGGUGGGUGUGGUGGGAGGGGGGCCGGCUGUCAGUGGGACGAGGCGCCGCACCCUCCGAGCGGCGGCUGCUGGUCUGGCCUCUAACUUCUGAUAUGAGGAUUAAAUACGUCGGAUUCAGCGCGCUCUGGGGCGAGAAGGCUGAUUUUAGAAUUUGGAACUUCAACGAAGAAGCGGGUUUCUCUCAAGUAUUAGAGCUAGGUCUUCCUCACGGGGUAGUUCCCGGUUCAGCGAGCGGAACUCUCCUUGUCUCUGGCGGCCUUCACCUACCGCUGUACAGCCUCCAAACAGAUUCCUCCGACCAAUGGGCAGACGUGUGGAGAGACUCUCAACUGUCAGCCGCGUCUGCAAGUUUGGCGCCGCUGUUAGCUCUGGAACAUAUUCCACAUUUGGUUGAUGAAAACGAACGGGAAAGGAUUUUGAAGAAAUUGCCCGAACAGGUUCAAAUAUUACUUUCAUUUCGCAAAAGUGAUAACUCAUUUAGUGACCACCCAGCUGUUAGCAGUCACCUAUCUACAAUAAAAAUCCUUGAGAUACUCAGCAAAAUACAAUCUUAUUAUCCAGUUGAUCCUAAUCUUUUACAAUCCAUCAAACAUUGGAUACAAUCGAGACAAAAUCCUGAUGGAUCCUUUACACCUUUACCGGCUGACAAAGAAGUUGAUUACUAUCCUGUGGAAAUUAAAAACUCUAAUAGUUCGGAAAAAGAAGUUGAUGUCAAUGAGUAUUACUAUUACGACAAAGAUGGAAACAUGACAAAAGAGGAAAUAGAGUGGGAAAGAACUGUGGAAGUUACUGCUGAGACAUUGGUUACUUUACUGGAAGUUGGAGUUGAAAAUCAACUAGAAGCAGAUAUAGCUAAGAAAGCUCAAACUUAUUUGGAAAAGAAUCUCUUCAACCUCACUUCUCCGGCUGCUCUAGCUGCAACUGUUUUAGCUCUUGUCUUAGCCAGGAGUCCCAUCGUACCAGAAGCAUUGGUUAUCCUCAGAAAUGCUUCAACUACAGAAGAAGGCGAAUUUGGAUGGCCAGCACCCAGGAAAGAUGCUGCAGACUGGCUCUUAGAAGAAACUUCAAGGAAUAUUAAGACGACUUCAUACGAAGCUGUAACAAUGGAGCAAUACGUAGCUGGUGUCCGAGUACUCCUCGCAGCCUGUGCUAGAGGAGCUCUAGCGGAGGGAGAAGCAGCGGCUAGGUUCCUAUACUAUCGCGCUUCGACGUUACAACGACAUCCAAGUCUAGCCUACAGUGCUACUAAAGCCGCCGCUCAGUAUGCUGCUUUAGCACAUGACAGACAUCGGGCCCUUACUGUAUCGCUUGCAACAGCAGGCAUGGAACUAACUGAUACGCUGGAGCUACGCGCUAAAACCCCACCAAGGCCUUUGCAACUGCCUGGGCUACCGACAAAAGUGUUUGUAUACGCUACAGGCGCAGGUUGUGCUACUGUACAGGGCACCAUAUCAUAUUCUACUUACACACCAAAACCAGCAAAUGCGCUGUUGAACAUUCGAGCUGGAAUAAUUGAAGAAAUCCACCCUGAGAGGAGCAGCAUCGAAGACUUGCAAGGAAAUUUGCCCACUUUAAUAAUUAAAACGUGUUUUAAGUGGAAAGGUAAAGAACGUUCCGGCAUAUUGCGGCUGGAGUCAUCACUAUUCUCAGGCUACGAACUGCAUUCAGUAAACCCAGUGGUAUUAGAUGGUGCAACGUUCGCUGACUUACACUAUGGCUCACGUGGUGAAUCAGUUUGGUUUGUCUUUGCCAAUAUAAGUUCUACGUGUCCAGUCUGUGUGACCUACGAGGCAAGAUCAAAGUUCGUCAUAACAAGUCUUCGACCAGCUUUCGCCAAAAUAUAUCCUUCUAGUCGACCCGAUUUGGCUGUGGAAACAUUUUUCCAUGCUACACCUGGCAGUCCCUUACUUCGAGGUAUCACUGAUGACGACUUUAUCACUUGGUUCGAUAAAACUCAACUUGCUAGUCUACAGUCCAGAGCAAAUAUAGACAAUAUUUGUGAAUGCGGACGCAUUUGCAGCAGAGAUUAUGAGUUUCGAAAAGAGUAUGAAAAUAUGCAUAAUAAUGUUAAUACUCGUGUACCAAAUAACACAACUGAUACAUUAAAUACAGAGUCUACGACAACAUUUGUAUCGCAAAGUACUGAAACUAUAACGGAAGAAUCGACUACUGAAACUGUAACAGAAAUUUCACCUUCUACUAUUGAGUUAGUCGCUAUGACAUCAAGUACUGGUUCUACCGCAAGUAUUUCUUCGAAUGAUAUGACUCCUUCCACAAGUUCAGAUAAAAUAACGAAUAAUUUUACUGUAAAGCAUAUUAAUGAUCCAAUUAUUAUUCCAACUAUUACCUACCAUAACGAUUCCGAAAACCAACAAAUUAGCAAUGAUAUUAAUUCAAUUAUUCCCAAAAUUAAUGGUGAGCUCAUAGUUCAAAAACUGCCGUUAGUUGUAAAUUAUGUAAAGAAAAUAGAAAUAAAGAAAAAACCAUUACCUAGGCGAAAAGGUACGCUUAAAGCUACUUAUGGAGAUAAGCAUGAAAGAUUUUUUGAUACAUUAAAACCAACGGUUGACCCAAACUUCAUUAAAACUAAAGCAAAUCUAUCAGACCAUAAUGAACUCACUAACAAAACAACUAUGACUAAAGUAGUUAAUAUUAGCGCGACAAAUCCACCACUCACUAAUCUGAAGGAAGAUACUACGGUUAAGAAAGAAAUGGUUUUCAGUACAACUAUAAAUAAUCUUGGGAAAGAAUUUUAUUUUACAACAAAACCUACCUUCAUAAUUACUCAAACAGAAACAACUGCCAUCCCGCACAAUAUAGCAGCUAUAACAAAAAGCAACAUAAAAACAAUUCAUUACCGGACGAAGAAGCCAAAGCCAAAAACACAAAUACGAAAGCCACAUAUAUAUUUCAAUCAAAGUACUGAGAAGCAUAUUGACGAUAACAAAACAGUAAAACCUGAAGUAAUAAAUAAGACUAAAAUUAAAGCAAUUUUGACUGAACAAUAUGUAGCUAAACCUCUUAAAUCUAUUAACAAGGAAAUUCACAAAAUGCCAUCUACACCGAUUUCCGAAACUUCAAAGUCUCUUAAUAGUCCUCCAAAAGUUGACAUUGCUCCUGAAAAUAGGGUUGGGUAUGAAAUAUUAGACAAAAAUAGCCUUUGGGAGUUACUCAAAGAAGGCCCUGAUCUGAAUACAUCGAAAAUUGAUGAUAAAGUUCAGGUUCAUAAUAGACUAAGUGACUUGUCAAAUUUAACACAAAAUAGCAAUCGCUCUUUAUAAACUUUGUUGUUAUAUAAUGUUUAAGGCACAAAGACUUCAGCAUAUUUUUAUAAUACUCACUCCCAUGUUCCAACGAAAUGUUAAUAAAUAAUUUAUAAAAAUUCCAUAAAAAGAACUCCAUGUCAAAGUAAUAAAGCACAUUCAUUGUUGAUUAUUAGAUCUGUAAUGUUGCACUAAUUGUCCAUACUUUUUUAGAAUAAUUAACUGUAAAUAGUGGAGUGUAUUAUGUAUAACAAAUCUAAUAAUAAAAAUAAAGAUGUGCUGUGAAUAUUUUGAUGUAUGUGUUUCGGUAUUAUAAGUAUGUACUAAGCCUGGUUUGAGUCAUUUUAGCAACGUUGUCGGGACGACUAUCCAUCUGCUUAAACUUAUGAUUUCAUAUUGACUGUUUCAAACAAAAAAUAUACCUAAUAAGUAACAGUAAAAAAUAAAUUAGAAACAGCUAGAAACGCCAAAUUAGAAAGCUAUUGAAAUAUUUCGUAUCCUAAAAUUUACUUCCUAAGAUUUAGUUUUAAAAAUAUUUACAUUUCUAUGAUAAGUCCAAUGGUUGUAAAGAUAUUUAAUUUUAGUAUAGAUGUGUAAGAUACAAUUUGUAAAUAUUUUCAAGUUGCCAAGCCCGAAUACCUACUAACUAUUGAUAGUUUUUCUAGUCCUAUGUCUUCUUAGAUCAUAUUCGUAUUAACCCUCUAGUGAUUACGAAACUUAGAUAUUAGCAUAAUUAUGCGAUGCCCCAGAAUUUCCAUCCGUCUAAUCUAUUCUUCUGUAUCUAUUGUAUGUAACGUAGUCUCUAUCGUAGCUGUUUCUAGAUGUUUUACGUUUCGUUUAAUAGAAAUUAGAAUAUUUGUUCUUAGUGUUACUUAUACCUACAUUCUACCUUUACCUUUUAGAAACUACUGUUCAAUUACGUUUAUGUUCAUUUUCUAUUAUAAACAAUUCAAAACUGCUUGCUUCUACUUAUUUCUGUAUUAAAUUGAUUUAGUAAAUUUCAUAUUCAUAUUUAAAAUACUCACUUCGUAAUCAAGUAAAUUAAUAAUGUAUUUAUUAUUUAAUUUUUUUAUACAAUCAUAUUUCAAGAUUUAUGAUAUUUGCUCUAGUUUGAAAAAUAUUUUACCCAUACUAUUUGCCAUUUCUUUCACAAAAAUUUACGGCUUGUAUUUUAUUGGUGUAGUUAAUUAGGUAUAAAAGUGUACAUUUAAGGUAAUUUCUAUAACUUCGUAUAAAUGUACGGUUGUAUGAAAAUAGGUGCUUGAGCGGAGGAUUCUCGUCAAUUUCGAUGUAAAAUAAAAUACAAUUUGAUGACUUAUUGUAUCAAAGUAUAGUUUUAAAAUUUUAAUUAAUUUUUGUGCUUACUCGUAAGCUAUAGUCACUUACUUAAUAAUACCUCGAUGUACUGACACAGAUUAAAUAGAAUGGACAAAAGAUA